CUGUUUUUAUUGCUCAAGCAGGGAAAGUGAAACCCUAAGAAGUUUUAAUUUUGCAUAGUUGAUGGCGGAUUUUGGGUAUCUAUCGGAUACAGACGAUUCAGCAGUGGAAGAGCUGAUAUCGCAAGCGAAGGAGCUUUCGGCUUUGGAGCAAAUAGCAGCCAUCAAUUGUUCUGGCUUCACCGACUCUUCUACUCUUCCCGAUGAUCUCGAAUCUCGUUUCCGUCGCCUCAAGUCUCUUCCUCCCGCUCGACCCGACCCGGUUUCGUCUAAGAUUAGUAAGAAGAAGGAUCUCCCGCACUCCAAGAGCGUCGUGGGUUACCCAAAGGAUCCAGAUUUCUCUGGAAACCCAGUUAAAAAAUCUGGCUUUGAUGAGGAUUCGAGUGUUUCCAAGCGAGAUCUGGGAGUGAAUUCGGGUUUUGAGAGAAGCUCGCGAGCUGGGCUUGACUCUGAUGGAAGUGGAGAUUUCUCUGACUCUGGAAACAUCGGUUCGAGUAAGAUCUUCUCCCCAGCUAAACAAACCCAGAAGCUUCCUAAAGAGAAACGCAGAGUCGGUUCAUCGUCAUCAUCGGAUUCAGAACCAGAAAAGAAAUCAAAGUCGAAAUCGAGCUCAUGGGUAAAGAAGUUAUCUCCAUCAAAGAUCAUUGGAUACAUUUGGUCUUCUCCCAACAAAUCAUCAUCCGCCAAGAAGAAGAACAUCAAAAGCAUCAGAUCAUUUACUGCAUCUGGUCGCGAGAGAGAUGUUGAUUUCGACGACUUUCUGUCCGAUUUAAAUGCGUAUUCUGUCGAGGAUCAAAGGAAGAUGCUGAAGAAAGCACUCAAAGAACAGCAGAAGAUGCGCAAAGAAGCUGCUCACAUCAUCAAAAUGACCAGAAAGGCAUCUGCAAGAUUUGAUUUUGAUGAUUAAUAUUCUUCCCCCUUGUUGUUUUGAGUCUUGAGAAAAAGCUAGCAGACACAUUUCCAAAAAUAAUUUAUAUUUACCAAGUAUAAAUAAGUUCUUCUUUAAUUAAUACUACUAUAAUGUAUUAAUUAUUCCUUUUCCAACAAUUCGUCUAUCUUAGUUAAAUUCGAGUUGUAUUAUUUCCAAUCCGAGUUAAAUCCAAUGUGGUUAAUCAUAUGUUAGACAAAACAUAUUCUAUUUUUAAACAUUUAAAGUAUAAUUUACUAAAAAAAAAGAUUCAAAAUUACUUAUAGUAAAACAAAUCCAAUGGCCCAAAACUAUUGUUAAUUCGUAAACUUAACUACUUGCUAGAUUACAUGUUAACAUAUAACGCCAAAUGUGAUUUUGGAAUCAUAAAAGUUAAUUUUCAAUUUUAGCCGUCUCAAUUAAUUCUUUUAUUUCUUUGGUGAAGGAUUUCAUUUCAUAAGAACUCAAACUAGAGUAAUAGCAUAACAGAGUUUGAUUACACUUUUUGGAAAUGUAACAGCUAAAUAGAUAUUGAUGUGCUCAGAUUAAUCUAAAAGAUAGCAGAGUGGAGAAAGUGACAAGAUUUGUAAAAUCUAAAGAACAACCUGCAAUUUCAUUCAAGUCCAACCUUAAACGAAUGACAAAUAUCAAGACGAAUGGAUCUUUGUCAUGAGGUGCACCAAGUAAUAGAACAAUAGAUUCCAAAAAAAUCCGAAGACCGAAUCGGCUAAGCCAAAAGUCAUCGAACUGAAACUAAGGGGAGAAGCAGACGCUAUAAGGCAGGAGGGUCACCAGCGAGAAGGGACCAUGUUUGGUGCAACCGGUGGAUCAGGAGAGGCUGGAGGGCUGAGAGGAGAAACCACGACGAGUAGUCCGGAAAAAUAAGAAAUAGCGAAGAAAUGACAAGAUUGGAACCAAACCUUGAGCAAACAUCACCGGAGUUAAGG